CUCGCUGUGGGUUCGCGUGUCCCCGGUAGAAGGGAGGACGUCUCUUGGCGGGAGUGUCAGGGUGUCGCGGUGUGCGGGGCGCGCUGCGGGUCCGCCCGGCUGUCCCUGCGCGUGCGGGAGGCUCGCAGUCCCGGUAGCUGAGGCGGCCCGGUUCCCGAGCAGCUCGGCUGUAACGGGCUGUGGGCGGCGGAGUGCAGCGUGAAACGCCGGAGCCGGACUCGGAGGGUGACUAAAGGCAGAUCCGUCCGUUCCACAGGAUGUUUCAUGCAUUUGUGGACCAGAGCAUAGGAUUAAUUUUCCUAUUUGAAAAGACAGUGCCAGUGGUCCUGCUGCAGCUGCCAGUUUGGCGUUGACGAGGAUGCUGUGCCUGUCCUGCUUGGACUCGUCGUCAUUCUGAAAGUCUUUUCAAGCACAGCUUCUGUUUGAAAACUCAAGUAUCAAAGAAUAUUAGGUAAUGGCGUAGCGACACUGUUUGAGUUCAUAGAGACUCCGUCUGGACUCCAGUAUACUCUCCAAUCAAAUUGGUUCUCUUGGUUCACUGAGUUUUGAAGAAUUUUAUGUACGUAACAGCAAAAGAUGGGAGAAAGAAAUGGUGAUGCAAGGACUUUCUGGCUGGAGCUACAAGAUGAUGGUAAAGUGGACUUUAUGUUUGAAAAAACACAAGAUGUGCUACUGUCUCUGAAAAAGAAGAUAAAAGAUGGGUCUGCCACAAAUAAAGACUAUGUCCAAGCAAUGAUUCUGGUAAAUGAAGCAACUAUAAGGAACAGUACAGCAAAGGAUCAUAUACCUGUGACUCAGACUGAGCAGGAACACAGAUCAAAUGCAUUUCCCUCCGCAUCAUGUGAGAACUUUCCUGAGGACUGUACCACUCUGUCUCCAGGACAGAAAGCACUCCUGCCUGCGAACAGUAAGGCUGCAGACCCGGGGGAGAAGGAAUGCCCUUUGAGCGUGUCUUUCCAGAGCCACGUCUGCUCCCGUGCUUGUCUGCUGGAAACACCGCCGUCCUUGAAGGGACAAAACCCUCUGCAGCGACCAAUCAGAUGUCACUUCCAAAGACGACAUGCAAAGACAAAUUCUCAUUCUUCUGCCCUCCACGUGAAUUAUAAAACGCCCUGUGGACGGAGCCUGCGGAACAUGGAGGAAGUUUUCCAUUACCUCAUUGAGACAGAGUGUACCUUUUUAUUCACAGACAACUUUUCCUUCAAUACUUACGUUCAGUUGACUCGGAAUCACCCAAAGCAAGAUGAAGUUGUUUCUGAUGUGGAUAUUAGUAACGGAAUGGAACCAGUGCCGAUUUCCUUCUGUAAUGAAGUAGACAGUAGGAAACUCCCACAGUUUAAGUACAGAAGGACAGUGUGGCCCCGAGCAUGUUAUCUAAACUCUUCCAGCAUGUUUUCUGUUUCAUGUGACUGUUCUGAGGGCUGCAUAGACAUACAAAAAUGUGCAUGUCUUCAGUUGACAGCAAAGAAUGCCAAAGCAUGUUCCUUGUCGCCUGAUGGAGUAUGUACUGGAUAUAAUUAUAAAAGACUGCAGAGACUUAUACCUACUGGCAUUUAUGAAUGCAACCUGUUGUGCAAGUGUAGCCGUCAGUUGUGUCAAAACCGAGUCGUCCAGCAUGGUCCCCAGGUGAGGCUGCAGGUGUUUAAAAGUGAGAAGAAGGGCUGGGGAGUGCGCUGCCUGGAUGACAUCGACAGAGGGACAUUUGUGUGCAUUUAUUCAGGAAGAUUACUAAGCAGAGCCACUCCUGAGAAAACCAAUACUGAUAAAAACAGAAGAGAACAACAAAACCAUAUGGAAAAUGAGCUUUCCAAAAAGAGGAAAAUAGAAGUUGCAUGUUCAGAUUGUGAGACACAACCUAGCAGUCCUAAAAUGGAGCAAUGUUCUCUUAAGUUUAGCAGUGAUCUCAGAGAGCCUGUAAUAGAAAUGAACUGUAGAAAUAUUUCAAAAACUCAGCGUCACUCAGCCAUCAAAAGUCCUAAGUCGAAGAAAGCUACUUUUCACUGCAAUGAGAAAGACAUGGGUUUUGUUUCUUCAGAGUCUACCGCCCCUGAAGAUAAGAAUGGAUUUAAGUCAGCUCCGGAACACCUAAACUCUAAAGCUAGAGCUCACGAGGACUUAAGUUCAAACCAAGUUGGUUACUCCGAAGACGGACAGCUGGUUGAAUCAGACGUGAUAGAUACAACUAGAAGUCGAGAAGACACUUCACCGGAGGGCAGGUGGAAGCACGUAGCCACGGUGAAUAAUGAGAAAACGGAAAAGGUGCUUGAGGUUCCAGUCAAGUCCCGAGAAGAAGAACCUGCAGCCUCUCACAGUCAGCCGGGCUUCUGUGAUGAAGAGUUGCCAAAUGAAAGGACGGAGACUCUGUCACCUUCUGUAAUGAGCCUCGGUAAAGAGAAUGUGUUCCUCUUGGAUGCUUCAAAAGAAGGAAAUGUGGGCCGCUUCCUUAAUCAUAGUUGUUCCCCGAAUCUCUGUGUACAGAAUGUUUUUGUAGAAACACACGACAGGAAUUUUCCACUGGUCGCCUUCUUUACCAACAGGUAUGUGAAAGCAAGAACAGAACUGACAUGGGAUUAUGGUUAUGAAGCUGGGACCGUGCCUGAAAAGGAAAUCCUCUGCCAGUGUGGGGUUAAUAAGUGUCGGAAAAAAAUAAUAUAACCUUGUCUUGACUGUCUCUCGUCAAGCUGGAACUACAUCAGUUGUCAAUGAAAUCAUGGUUGAUUCUUUGGUUUCACUUGCUCAGGGUAUUCAUGUUUUAUAUCUAAUUUUCUACAACGUAGGUCAAAACAAAAUAAGGACACUUUGAUAUGCAUCAAGUAGCACUUGUUAUUGUUACUUUACUUGAUUAGAAUGUAAAUAAUAUUUUAUGUACAUUCAUUAUAUAAUUUAUAACUUUCUAGUUUAUAUAUUUAGACAAAAAUUACAAUAGAAUUUGUAUGUUUCUAAAUUGUUUUUGUGAUUUGUUUUGUUUUUUUGAGGCAAGGUUUCUCUGUAACUUUGGCUGUGUUGGAACUAGCUCUUGUAGAACAGGCUGGUCUCAAACUCACAGAGAUCCGCCUGUUUCUACCUCCCGAAUGCUAGGAUUAAAGGCAUGUGCCACUACCAUGCCGUGUGUGUGUGUGUCUGUGUGUGUGUGUGUGUUGUGUAUGUGUGUGUGUUGCCCCAAAGGACAAAAUUUUACAUCUUUAAACCUACAAAGUUGAUGUUAAAUUCCUGACAGUUCACUGACCAUUAUGAACUACACAUGAGGAGCAAGAGUCUGAAGAACGCGUAGGCACUAAAUAUAUGCACGUUAAAAUUGAAAGUAUUGUUCCUUGUUGAGAAUUGAACGCAUGGCCUUCUGCAUGCUAGGCAGUCACUCUACCAAAAGCUACAUCUUCAGCCCUCCAAAGUUACUUAUUACUUACUUCAUUGCCCCCUUAGCCACUCCAGCAGGAAGUCGUUCUGAAACUUCCUUUCCAGUUCCUCUGUGGGGGCUGCACAAGACCACAGGAGCAGAGAAACCUGGAAGAACAUUCCUAUUUUUUUCUACACAGACAGAGCUACCAGUAAAGGACUCUUGAAGCUAGUGAAAAUUGUGUUAUGUAGAAUGAAAGGAAUCACAUUACAAAGAGAAACAGCAGUUGGCGCUGUAGGCAGGUGAGUAUUCACAGUAAGUUACUAAAAUGAAGUGAGGAGACCGGAGAGUUAUGGGGAAUUGCUUGUCCAAAGGAGACUGUUGGGAGACAGCUUGCCUCCUUGAGCUCUUCCUUAGGAGUCCAUUUGACUUUUAGAAAAAGGUGUUUUAUCAGUGUCAUCCUCUUGGAGAAAGCUUUUCAGAAAGCCCGAGUACGUUGCCUGGUGUUGGUCACUGCCAGCACGCUCCACUUGACAGCCUAGACUUAUCCUUUUCCUUGUUUUUUUUUUUUCCUCCAAAAUGGGUGAAACAGUCACUUUUGAAAAUAAAGACCGAGAAGGCUGGUGGUGGUGGGUUUGCUCUUUUGCAGGCAGCAGAGAGUGUGUCAUGUCCAGAAGAGUCGUUCAGUGCAGUCCUAUCAUUCUGCCCCAAGUGUAACAACCUGAGCCAGCUUUCUGACCUUUUUAAUUAUAAUUUUUUGAUUUUUGCGAUUAUAAUAAAAUAUCAUUCCCCCCACUUCCCUCUUCUCUCUCCAGUACUUCCCAUGUACCACCCCACCCCUUGCUGUCAAAUUCAUGGUCUUUUUCCUUUAUUACAUUUGUGUGUGUGUAUGUUUAUUUAGGAAUUUGUAUAUAUUCAUAUAUAUUAUACAUGUUCCUAAAUAAAUAAAUGCAUCCUGCUCA